AUGCCGUUCGUUAAGCAGCAGAAGAACAAGGCUUACUUCAAGCGCUACCAGGUCAAGUACCGUCGUCGCCGUGAGGGCAAGACCGACUACUUUGCUCGCAAGCGCCUGGUCACUCAGGCCAAGAACAAGUACAACGCCCCCAAGUACCGCCUGGUCGUCCGCUUCACCAACACUGACGUGAUCUGCCAGAUCGUGUACGCCAAGAUCGUCGGUGACGUUGUCCUGGCCGCCGCCUACUCGCACGAGCUGCCCCGCUACGGUGUCAAGGUUGGUCUGACCAACUGGGCUGCUGCCUACGCCACUGGUCUCCUGGUCGCCCGCCGCGCCCUGACCAAGGUUGGCCUCGCUGACAAGUACGAGGGCUUCCCCGAGAUCGACGGCUCCGUCCAGGAGGUCGAGGCCAUCGAGGACGGUCCCCGCCCGUUCAAGGCCUUCCUUGAUGUUGGUCUGAAGCGCACCACCACCGGUGCCAAGGUCUUCGCCGCCAUGAAGGGUGCCUCGGACGGUGGCAUCUUCGUGCCGCACUCGGAGCGCCGCUUCCCUGGCUUCGAUGUCGAGUCCGAGGAGCUCGAUGCCGAGACCCUCCGCAGCUACAUCUACGGUGGCCACGUCGCCGACUACAUGCGCACUCUCCAGGAGGAGGACGAGGACCGCUACAAGCGCCAGUUCUCGCGCUUCAUCGCCGCCGGUGUCUCCGCCGACGACCUUGAGGACAUGUACGCCGCGGCCCACAAGGCCAUCCGUGCCGACCCGUCGGCCAAGCCCACCGAGAAGAAGGCUGCUGGCUCGUACAAGCGCUUCAACCGUGUUGCCCUCAACUCGAAGCAGCGCAAGGACCGCGUCCGCCAGAAGAUCGAGGCCUUCAAGCGCGCCCAGGAGUAA